AUGCAAAUUAAAGGUUUACCGCAAGUGUACGAGCAAUAUGUAGAGAACUCACAAAAUAGUGAUGGUUUUUCUGUCAUAUCAAGCGUCGAUCAAAGUACGACUUCCAGUCGCUCUAAUAGUCCGCCAAUUCAGAUUAAUAAUUCUCAAUCAACAAAUGAUUUUUUACAACAAGAGUUAAGCUACAUUAAUGAACGCACGGAAGAUGAUAAAAAUUCGAUUCCUAAAAACGAUGAUCAAGAUGAAAGUUCGAUUCCUAAAAACAAUUAUCAAAAUGAUGUAAGUUCGAUUCCUAAAAAUAAUGAUCAAGCUGCGAUCCAUACCCAAAAUAUAAAUGUUACGCAUUUUUCAUCUACAUCACAGGAUGGUCAAUUUACGAAUUCGUCUCGUGCUAAUAAUUCACCUCCUGCUGGACUGAAUGAUGACCCGUCUAAUUAUUUCGAUGAUAUGACGGAGAUUUUAUCUGAAUUAGACAAGAAUCAGAACGAAAAAGUGCAAUCACCUACUACAGACCAGGCUGUCGAUCAAUUUCUAAACAUAACUGACAAGUCACGUACCCAAGAGAACGUAGACGUUGAUUAUAAGAAACAUAUUCGUGCUGCUAUCGAAAGUCAUAAAUAUUAUAAAAAUGAUCCAAGCAUUAAUAUUACAUAUGGGAAAGAUCUUUCUGAAUAUAUUCCUGGCCUAUAUCGUUUAUUGGAUUUGUGUAAAGAUGAUGGUUCAAUUGGUCUUGGUAUUUAA